AUGGCUGAAACUGCUUAUAUCAUAUCACAGAAUUGUUCUCCCACAUCUUUUAGUAUCGUUACAACAGGAGGAUCAUCUUUACCUCCAGAUGAAAUCAUAUCAAGUCACACCAUCAAAUCAGGGUUUGUCCCGAUAGAAUGUUACGAACUCUGUCAGAAAGAACCGAAAUGUGUUGGAUUCAACUACAGAGAAACGCUCAAUGUUGUGAACUGCCAACUGACCAACAUCACAGGAAAGACAGAUCACAACGCAAUGACUGGAGAAGGAGAAUGGAUGCUAAUGAACGAUGACUCAAAAGUGAAAAAACAGCAAGGUCUUUUAGAUAUACCCACCAAUUGUGCCCACCUGUAUAACUUAGGAGAGAGAAAAAAUGGUGUUUAUACUAUCAAUCCUGAUGGUUCGGGAUCGUUUCAAGUCAGUUGUGAUAUGAGCAAAGACGGGGGUGGCUGGACCGUGUUUCAAAGAAGACAAGAUGGAAGUCAAGAUUUCUUUCGUGGAUGGUCAGACUAUAAAGCUGGCUUUGGUAAUUUGAGCGGCGAGUUCUGGUUGGGUCUUGAUAAAAUACAUCGUUUAACCAAAUCUGGCCAAAAUGUUUUAAGAGUUAAUUUGAUGGAUUUCAAUGGCACUGAAGCUUACGCUAAAUAUGAGAACUUUAGUGUGGCUGAUGAAUCAGACAAAUACAGAUUGACUGUUGGCAAAUAUUCAGGUAACGCAGGUGAUUCUCUGGCUCAUCACAAUCAAAUGAAGUUCACUACCAAGGAUAAUGACAAUGAUGCUAGCAGUGCUGAUUGUGCUACGCUCAGGAAAGGAGCUUGGUGGUACAACAGCUGUUAUCGUUGCAACCUCAAUGGCCUGUAUCUGGGUGCAGGUCAAGAUAACAAAACUGGAAUACGAUGGAACAAGUGGCAGUCUUAUUCAAUGCGAAAGACGAGGAUGAAAAUUCGACCAAACCAGUUUUAAAAUAUUCAUGCAUGACUAAGCGAAUCCUAGAAAAUUACAUGUGGUGCUGUAUAAAUAUGUUUUUGAACAGAUUUAGAAGAAUUUACAAACCUCCAUACAACCUAAAUAAUUGUAACCUGAAUGAGGCACUGAUUACCAACAUGAUUUGGGGUCUGCAUGGAGUUAGU